AUGAAUAUAGAGGUCUUGACAUCUCAAGCAUGGGAUAUUCUCCUUGAAAGGGUCGGGGAUGGGUGCAUGGUUUAUCUACUUCGGCAUACAUCAUUAUUUCUGCCCAUUUCUGACAAGAAACACCUUCAAGUUGCCGGUUCUCCUAUCAAUAAUCUAUGCAAGAAGCUGUCGAAAAAUGAAAUAAAACCACAAUCUGUUUUCUCCGGAGCUGUAAAGAAAAGGAAACUACCUGAAAAUAGCAGUUCAGUAUCAAAGAGGCAGCAAUAUAUUCCUCCUUCCGUUUGUGAUAUUUCCUCAAACUCAGUUGAUUGUGCUAAUUCAAAAACUGGAGAAGCUGUUGCCAAGUCUGAUGAAGGUUCAAGUGGAGAACUUAAAAAAUGCUCAAGUCCAACUGCAGCAAAGCGUAAGAAGUUUAGACUAUUUCAUUGGAAACGCAACAAGAAGCGCAGACUACUAAACACUCCAGAAAACAAAGAAGAGACCAUCCUCCAAACCGUUUCUUCUGAUGCAAAUUGCUUACCUGGGAGUCUCAAGUGCCCUGUCAACACAAAUCAGAUGCCGGUGCACUGUUCUUGUUAUUUGAUGCUAAAAGCUCCCCAGUCAGUCUCCUAUUUUAAUGAGAUUAACAGGCAAUCUAUGUUUUAUAAUUUGGAAAGUUCCUCAUCUGUUCUUCCAAGAGAGCAUGUACUAAAUGACUUCGUUCCAAAUUUUAAAAGCUCCAAGUGUCUCAUGGAGAAUAUCUUUGGUUUAUCUGAUGCAAAUGCACGUUGGCAACAGCAUUUAUCAACAAUGCUAGAAAUUGUGCCAUUUAUAUACACUAAUGGAUCUCUUGACCUGGCGUAUGAACACUGCAGAAAGGGGUAUCACUCGUUUCUUAAGUUGCUGAAGAAGCUCAUACGCAGAAGCAGACGUUUCAAGCCCUCAAAAUUGUUGGAGAAGUAUUGUCCUCUACCAUCUCUAGAUCAAAAGGUAAUGGGAAAUUCAAUCUCAGUAGCUGAGAGCAAUGUAAGAGUGCUUGAGCAAUUUCAUGGAGUUGGUGCCAAAGGGAACAACAACAUUCUGGAAGCUGAUAAUAAAAAGCUUGAAUCAAACGGGUCUUAUUGCUUACACAGUCAGGUGCCAAAGAAUGGCACGGGGCAGAAGUUCGGGGAAGCAAGUUGUAGCUUACAUGGUGUUAAACAUAAGCUUUUAGUCAACUGGAUUUUCUGGUUCUUUUCAUCUUUUGUGGUGCCAUUGGUGCAAGCCAAUUUCUAUGUCACUGAAAGCGAGCAUGGCAAGCUAGAUACUUUUUAUUAUCGCAAGCCAGUUUGGGAGAUGUUGACAGACCAUUCCAUUACUGGCUUGAAAGAUCAGAGCUAUCUUGAACUUGAUGAGGCUGCUGUUAGAGCUAUAAUAGACAAAAGACAAUUUGGGUUUUCAAGGCUGAGGCUUUGCCCAAAACAGAAUGGAGUUAGAAUGCUGGCAAAUCUUAAAGCAUCCUCAAGAUUGCCAGGAAGAUUCUCCUCGAAACAUAAAUGUCCUUGGAUGCAGAAAAGUUCAAAAGCAUGUUAUAGGAAAAAAUACAAACGUUUUAAGUCUGUGAACUCUGUUCUUCGUGGUACACAUGCAGUUCUUAAAGGUUUACUAUUGAAAGAACCAGAGAAGUUUGGGUCCUCAGUGUUUGACUAUAAUGAUGUCUAUAGAAAGCUAUCUUUGUUUCUAACCACUCUAAAGAGUGAACCAAAAACUAUGCCUAGUGUAUUUGUUGUAGUUGCUGAUGUUUCAAAGGCAUUUGAUUCUAUCUAUCAGGAUAAGCUACUUGGUAUAAUGGAAGAUGUUGUUACAAAAGAUGAAUAUAGUUUAGACCAGAUUAAUCAAGUUGUCUGUUCAAACAAAUGUUUCUGGGAUCGCGAAAAUCUCAUAUUGGUGGAUGAGGCAGUUAAUACUGGUUUUGCAAACUUAAUGUCUUCUGUCCCAUUUCGGUCAUUGCCUGGUGUUUUUGUUAAUCGGGGUAGCAGCAGGAUAAUUUUAAGGGAAGAGCUGUUUUCUAACCUAUAUGAGCAUGUAAAGCGCAAUGUGCUUCUAUUGGAUAAGAAGUUUUACUUGCAAGGAAUGGGGAUACCUCAAGGAAGUGUGCUAUCCACUUUGCUCUGCUCAUUAUAUUAUGGGCACAUGGAAAAGCAUGUGAUCUCUCCAUUUCUUGAGAAAACUAUUGAAGCUGCUGCCAAAGAUAUAGACACACUGCGUAUUGUUUCUGAUUCCUCAAAGAAUGAGCAUUCCUCACAUGCCUUUGUCUUUCCUCCAACUUAUUUGCUUGUACGAUUCAUUGAUGAUUUUCUUUUCAUAUCAACUUCGAAAGAGCAGGCCAGUGGUUUCUUGUCCAUGAUGCUUCAAGGGGUUCCAGAUUACAACUGCUUCAUGAAUGAGGAAAAGUUCUGUUUUAAUUUUGACAUUGAACGUCAAUCUGGUCUGUUAUCGAACCGGGUUUAUGUGGUUGAUGAUGGUACCUCAUUUCUUCGAUGGAGUGGUUUGCUUAUAAACUGUAACACUUUGGAAAUUCAGGGUGAUUAUACAAGGUAUCUGGCUAACCACUUAAGUUCCACUCUUACUAUCCACUGGCAAGGUAAACCGGGUAAUCGUCUAAGAUGGAAGUUAUACAACUUCAUGAAACCUAGGUGCCAUCCUUUGUUCUUCGAUUCAAAUAUCAAUUCCACAUCUGUCGUCAGAUUGAACAUCUAUCAAGCUUUUCUCUUGUGUGCAAUGAAGUUCCAUUGUCAUGUCUCAGAAAUGUCAUAUAUCUUCAAACCUCGUCGAAGAUACUGUUUGAAAAUGAUUGAAAAAUCCUUGAGCUACAUGUACGGGCUGAUAAAGAAAAGGAUGUGUUCUACUCGUAUCGGUCCAGGCAAGUUUCCAGUUCUUAAACUGAUGAAGGAAGAAGUUGUAUGGCUUGGAUAUCGUGCUUAUAUUGAGGUAUUGAAGAGAAAACAGUCGAGGCAUUCGGGAUUGCUGUCUUUGCUAAGGUCUAAGUAUUUCAAUCAUAAACUCACCGGGAAUGUCUCAUCUGAAUUAAGAUAUGCUGUUGAAAGAUCACAUUCCUCUUCCUUGUGGAAAAUCAAGUAUUAG